UGCCAGGUUGUCUAUCAAGUUCCUCUUAAGGAAAAUCACGUCUUGAAGAGAAAUGUGGAUCAACAGCUAAGAAUUAAGAUUAUAUAUGACAGAAGUGUUGAGGAUUUGCUACCUGAGAAAAGACACCUUAUAAAGAACAAACUUUUUCCACAAGCUAUAUCUUAUUUGGAGAAGACAUUUCAAGUGCGCAAAUCCACGGGUACUAUAUUACUAAGCAGGCAGUGUACAACAAACCAAUAUUUAAGGAGGAAAGCUGACCCUCAUAGAUACUGCCAAGGAGCCUGCGCAGACCAUACAAGAUGUGGGCCAGUUAUAGUUCCAGAGAAACACCUCCAGCAAUGCAGGGUGUACAAUGACAGUAAAUGGCACAGCGGACCCACUGGCUUACCUGACCAAGAAGGUGUUCGAGAUGCUGACUUUGUACUUUACGUUAGUGCUCUCACUACUGAAAGGUGUGGCCAUGAAAAUAUCAUUGCAUAUGCAGCCUACUGCCAACUGGAAGCUGAAAUGGACAGGCCAAUAGCAGGAUAUGCUAACUUGUGUCCAAAUAUGAUUUCAACUCAAGCUCAGGAAUUCGUUGGCAUGUUGUCUACAGUGAAACAUGAGAUCAUCCAUGCACUGGGUUUCUCUGCUGGACUGUUUGCAUUCUAUCGUGACGAUGAUGGAAAACCUUUGACAACAAGAUAUGCAGAUGGACUCCCUCCUUUUAAUGAAAGCCUAGGUUUAUAUCAGUGGAGCAAUAAAGUCGUUCAUAAAGCAGUGAGGUUAUGGGACGUACGUGGUGGCAAAAUGCUGCGCCAUGCUGUUUAUCUUCUGAUAACACCUCGUGUAGUUGAAGAAGCGCGAAAACAUUUUAAUUGUCCAAUUCUAGAGGGAAUGGAGCUUGAAAAUCAAGGUGGCAUGGGUACUGAGCUCAAUCACUGGGAGAAGAGAUUGUUGGAGAAUGAAGCAAUGACUGGAUCCCAUACACAGAAUCGAGUCUUUUCCAGGAUCACCUUAGCAUUAAUGGAAGACACAGGUUGGUAUAAAGCAAAUUACAGCAUGGCAGAGAAAUUAGACUGGGGACGCAAUAAAGGCUGUGACUUUGUAAUGAAGAGCUGUAAAUUCUGGAUCGACCAAAAGAGGCAAAAGAGGCAAUUAAUCAGUCCGUACUGUGACACUUUGAGAAGUAAUCCUUUGCAGUUAACCUGCAGACAGGACCAAAGAGCAGUAGCGGUGUGCAACUUGCAGAAGUUUCCAAAGCAGUUACCUCAGGAAUAUCAGUAUUUUGACAAUCUUAAUGGAGUACCAGCAGAAGAAUUGCCUUAUUAUGGUGGCUCAGUAGAAAUUGCUGACUAUUGUCCCUUUAGUCAAGAAUUCAGUUGGCAUUUAAGUGGUGAAUUUCAACGCAGCUCAGACUGUAGAAUAAUUGAAAACCAACCAGAUCCUACCAAAAACUAUGGUGCAGAGAAAUACGGACCAAACUCUGUAUGUCUUAUUCAGAAGUCUGCUUUUGUCAUGGAACAGUGCAGAAGGAAACUCAGUUACCCUGACUGGGGUAGUGGAUGUUACCAAGUUUCUUGUUCUCCGCAAGGGCUUCAUGUUUGGGUCAAGGACACUGUGUACUUGUGCAGCCGCUCAGGUCAGGUAUUAACUGUGAGCAUUCAGAUGAAUGGCUGGAUACAUGUUGGGAAUCUGAUUUGCCCAGCCUGUUUGGACUUCUGUGACUCCUGUCCCCCAGAGCGGGAUCCUCCAGCUUCUAACUUAACAAGAGCUGCACCAAUUGACUUAUGCUCCUGCUCCUCCAGUCUGGUUGUAACCCUUUGGCUAUUGAUGGCAAAUUUAAUUCCCCUGCUAACAGGAUUAUUCCUCUGUGCAUAG